AUGAGAGCUGUAACACUAACGCUGCUUUUUGCACUUAUAUUAGCAGUCUUAGCACAUGCUCAACGUGGUCCACCAGGUCGUGGACCACCUGGUCGUGGGCCACCAGGACGCAAUCCAUUUGGACCAGGACGUCCUGGAAGACCGGGACGACCACGACCAGGCGGACCAGGUCCAGGUCCAGGACCAGGACCAGGACCAGGCAGACCAAGACCGAGCCGUGGAACAAGACCGCCAUGUAGUUCUUCUACAGUAUCUUCUACAGUAUCUUCAACAGUAUCUUCAACAGUGACAGCCACUACAACGACAGAUGCAACCACUGAUGCUACCACCGAUGCAUCAACCGAUUCAGGCAGUACUGAAGCAACUACUGUCACUACAGACACUGAAGCAACUACAGUGGAGGACGACAUUGAUACCACAGUAGGCUAA